AGUAUGCACACUUGAGCUCCUUUCUCUGCCCCGAUCUACGUGUGCACGGCUUGGCAUUUCCGUAUUUGCCAUGGCGACCGCAGUCGACGCGACCAUCAAGGAGCCAACGCGGAGCAACUACGUGCUGCCGCUCGAGUACGUCAUGCACCCGACCAAAUGGGUCGACGACGAGCAGCGCGACAGCUGCCGCGUGUGCUCGCGCAGCUUUAACCUCCUUCGCCGCAAGCACCACUGCCGCGUCUGCGGCGACCUCGCCUGCUCCAACUGCCUUGUCCGAGAAGCUGUCGAGAUGACGCUGCCCGGUAAAAACGACGUCAAGGUCUGCUUGCUGUGCAUUAUCGUGCUGGACGAGACCGCACCAUGUCCGUCGUCGCGCAGUAAUGCUUCGUCGUGCUCGUCGCUCUCGUCGUCGUCGACGUCGACUUCGAUGACGAGCCGGAGUCACUCGGCGUCCUGCGAUGUGCUCCUCGUCGACCGGCUUGCGAGCCCUCUUGAGUGGGUACCCAACCACUCGCGCCAAUUCUGCCUCCUCUGCAAGGCGUCGUUCAAUCCUUUUCGGCGCAAGCACCACUGCCGCGUGUGCGGAGAACUUGUCUGCAGUCAGUGUUUGAUUCGCAUGCCGGUCGCCCUCCCGCGCCAAAUCACGGGCAAAACGACCACAAAGGCAUGCGUCACCUGUGUCAUGGACCACGUUGAACGCACACCCGUCGGUCGGUCAGGCCCGCGCUUCUAUUGAGCGCGCCAGUAUCGUAUCGAACUCCAUCCCUAUUUUAUAACCGCUGCAACGAGAGGUAUUUAUGUAACUGGUCAAGUGUUGAUUCUUGUCCAGAGAGCACCUCGAGAGGCUCGACACGAAGAUGAC